AAUUGACGAAGCCGAACGGCCGGGCUGACAGCAGAAUGAAGAAGAUCGCCAUCUUCCUCCUGGUCCUCUGUCUGUGUCUGGACGGAGGAGCUGCCAAAGAAAAAGGGACCAAGAAGGGCAAGAAGAAAGGGAAGCAGGUUUACUGUCCAUCGCAGCUGUCAUCCGAGGAUCUGGCCCGAGUUCCUGCAAACUCCACCAGUAACAUCUUGAACAGGUUACUGAUCAGCUACGAUCCCAGAAUAAGGCCCAACUUCAAAGGAAUCCCCGUGGAGGACAGAGUCAACAUUUUCAUCAACAGCUUCGGCUCCAUUCAGGAAACCACCAUGGAUUACAGAGUCAACAUCUUCCUGCGGCAGCGCUGGAACGACCCCCGGCUCAAGCUGCCACAGGACUUCAAGUCCGAUUCGCUCACCGUCGACCCCAAGAUGUUCAAGUGUCUGUGGAAACCCGAUCUGUUCUUCGCCAAUGAGAAGAGCGCCAACUUCCACGACGUCACCCAGGAGAACAUCCUGCUCUUCAUCUUCCGAAACGGGGACGUCCUCAUCAGCAUGAGGUUGUCCAUCACUCUCUCCUGUCCUCUGGACCUGACCUUGUUCCCCAUGGACACACAGAGGUGUAAAAUGCAACUGGAAAGCUUUGGCUACACGACCGACGACCUGCAGUUCAUGUGGCAGACGGGCGACCCCGUCCAGAUGGACGCCAUCGCUCUGCCGCAGUUCGACAUCCGACAGGAAGACAUCGAUUACGGGAACUGCACCAAAUACUACGCAGGAACAGGCUACUACACCUGUGUGGAGGUGAUCUUCACCCUGAGGCGACAGGUGGGCUUCUACAUGAUGGGUGUUUACGCCCCGACGCUGCUCAUCGUGGUCCUCUCCUGGCUGUCCUUCUGGAUCAAUCCUGACGCCAGCGCCGCCAGGGUCCCUCUAGGCAUCCUGUCGGUGCUGUCCCUGUCCUCGGAGUGCACCUCUCUGGCCUCGGAGCUCCCCAAGGUGUCCUACGUCAAGGCCAUCGACAUCUGGCUGAUCGCCUGCCUGCUGUUCGGCUUCGCCUCGCUGGUGGAGUACGCCGUGGUGCAGGUCAUGCUCAACAGCCCCAAGCGCAUCGAGGCGGAGAAGGCCAAGGUGGCGUCCAAAGAGAAGGCGGCGGGGAAGAGCCCGGCGGCCAGGAACAACACGGUGAACGGGACCGGAGGGACGCCGCUGCACGUCAGCACGCUGCACGUGGCCGAGACGCGCUGCAAGAAGGUGUGCACCUCCAAGUCGGACCUGCGGACCAACGACUUCAGCAUCGUGGGCUCGCUGCCGCGCGACUUCGAGCUGUCGAACUUUGACUGCUACGGGAAGGCCAUCGACACCGGCUCGGCCCUGGGCAAGUCCCAGGCCAAGAACAGCAAGAAGCCGCCGCCGCCCAAGCCCGUCAUCCCCUCCGCCGCCAAGAGGAUCGACCUGUACGCCAGAGCCCUCUUCCCCUUCUCCUUCCUCUUCUUCAACGUCAUCUACUGGUCCAUAUACCUGUGAUUAUCCUGAAAUGAUCAAUA